GAGCGCAUCAAAGACGGGAAUUUUACUCAGAGCGAGGCCAAAACAGUUACACCAUUGCCACUCUGAAGGCAGACAGUCACGGACGAAUCGUUUGUGCUCACAAACGGUGCUUCGAUAGGAUUUCACGAGGGCGGAAGAGAAUAUUUCGGUUGUAAUUUUUUGUUUUCAGGCGUAGCCAUCGAUCCCACGAUGACACACUCUGGUCAGGCUGGCGUCAACCAGCUGGGCGGGGUUUUCGUCAACGGCCGCCCUCUCCCCGUCUGUGUACGGGCACGCAUCGUCGAGUUGGCUCAGCUUGGCGUCCGACCGUGCGACAUCUCCCGACAGCUUCUCGUCUCGCACGGCUGCGUCUCCAAGAUACUCAGUCGCUACUACGAGACCGGUUCCAUCGCACCGGGCAACAUCGGCGGCAGUAAACCAAAGGUUGCAACACCUCUGGUUGUGAAGAAGAUAAUGAGUUACAAACGAAAGAACCCCUCCAUCUUUGCUUGGGAGAUUCGAGAUCGUCUUCUUCGGGAAAGAGUUUGUGAUAAGAACACCAUACCUAGUAUUAGCUCAAUCAAUAGGAUUAUCCGCAAUGGAACUUACUUCACACAUGACGAGGAGUGUGUGUUAAAUGACAUCCUCUUUCACAUCAUUUUACGAUUUAAGUGA